GCAAAACGUGUAGACUGCCUUGACGGAACUGGGAGAUUCUGGAAAUACCAAUAGCGGCGUGCAUUCAACAGAAGAAGAUGGAGGUAGAGCAGCUCCUCUCUCUCUCCGGGUCGGCCCUGGCUCAGGCUGUUAGCGCCCUGUUGGAAACGCCGGGCCUCUAUGUGUUCUCUGACAUCCUUGAGCUCCCCAACGUCAGAGAGCUGGAGACAGGUCCUCAUGCACCAGUGUUUCAGCUCCUCAAUCUGUUUGCCUAUGGAACCUACUGCGACUAUAAAGAGAGAGCAGCUUCUCUCCCCGAGUUAACCCCUGCACAGAAGAACAAACUUCGCCACCUGUCGAUCAUCAGCUUGGCUUCCAAUCUCAAGUGCCUGCCCUACUCCCUGCUUCUCCAGCAGCUGGAGCUGAAGAAUGUGCGUGAGCUGGAGGACCUGCUGAUCGAGGCCGUGUACUGCGACAUCAUCCAGGGAAAGCUGGACCAGCGCAACCAGCAGGUGGAGGUGGACUGCAGCGUGGGGCGGGACCUGGGACCCAACGAGCUGCCCAACAUCGCCAACACGCUCCAGGAGUGGUGCUCGGGGUGUGAAGCUGUCCUGUGUGGGAUUGAGGAGCAGGUGUCUAGAGCAAAUCAGUACAGAGAGAGCCAGCUGAAGGUCAAAGUGCAGGUGGAGACCGAGGUCUCGAAUCUACAGAAAACCCUGAAGGCUAGCUCAGCGUCCCCUUCAUCUGGCCCUGCCCCUGCGGGGGCCGCCUCCAAUCAGGAUGCAGAUCAGCCGGCUGAGCCACGAGACCCUGCUUCAUCACAGGAACCACGGCAACCGGGAAAGAAGAGCUCCAAGGUCAAAGGACUUCGUGGAAGUGGGAAAAUCUGGUCAAAGUCAAACUAAGGACUGGGGCCCGGAGAGAUGUCAGAUUGUGAUAGAUUUCGAUUCACCCACUUGGGAGACAUACAGGCAAGACAGACUGGAAGAUAGAUAGACAGACAGACAGACGGACAGAUGGACUGGUGUACAUAACGAAUCAGACAGACUGACAAAUUGCGCGACAGACUUGGUGUUGUGUGCAGACAUGUACAGGGACAGGGGGCAGCGAGUGUGUCUUUGAUCACGUGCGGUAGAUCCAAAAGCAGUGGGUGACGCAGACAGAAUAAGUGUGUGUGAGCUGCUUUUGUUUUAAUUUGUAUUUUUUUGAAUGUGCAUUGUGUCGUAAAUCAACAUAAUAAAUGUUGACAAUAAAUUGUCUUUGCUGCA